UCGCGCCUCUUCGAUACAAUGUGAUUACGCUGUACCGUAUAGCAUCCCCUCGGCUUUCUUCUCUCGCUCUGUCUUCCGUCGCUGUCGGCUGUGAUUUCUUCGCCUGCUUUCGCUGGAUCUCGUGGAGCCACGGACACCUCUUGCGAUGUCACCGACGUGAAGGCUGUCUAAACCUGAAAAAUCCAGUGGAAACACGAAAGCAAAGCCAAAUGCUCUUUUUUGGGGGAGGGGGAUUAGGAUAAAUUGCCACCCGCCAAUUGUUACAUAUUUAAUUUCGGGGUGUUGUUGUCAUAAACAUAGUGACACCAUGGAUCUGUCAUUCAUGGCUGCGCAGAUCCCCGUCAUGACAGGGGCCUUCAUGGACUCCUCGCCCAACGACGACUACAGUGGCGAGCACUCGCUCUUCAACUCCUCAGCCAGCGUGCACGCCGCCGCCUCGGCCGCCGCCUCCGUGCACGGCCACCCGGACGAGAACCAGUCCAUGUCGAGUGACGCCAUCUGGCUCUGGAUCGCCAUCAUCGCCACCAUCGGCAACAUCGUGGUGGUCGGGGUCGUCUACGCCUUCACCUUUUAGCGUUGGGUGGGGGGCACCGAUGGGCGGGGCCACCGAUGGGCGGGGCCACAGAUGGGCUUGGUUGGUGGACGUGGCCGAUGAGCAGAGCUGAUGGGCGGGGCUGAUUGGUGAGGCUGAUGGGCGGGGCUGACGGCCGACAAGGGGGCGGGAUUUGAUGGAUUAUUUUCGGGCUCUGUCCCUAAGACUUUUUUACCAUUUCAGCGACACUAUCUUCUAGAGGAAUGCACAUGCACUUUCUCUCACUCUUUCUUUUCCCUGUCCGUCUCUUGCUCUCUUGCCCCCUCACACGACAACGACAGUCACACGAGUGUGGGUUCAGCACCGAGCCCCAACGGUGUAAGAUGUGCGGUGGUAGUUUCGACAGUGACACAGUUGAUGCAGCGCACCACAUGUGACUGCCGUGCCACGGGGGAGGAUUGGGGAUUUGGAGGUGCUGUUAGAACGUUUGGCGUUUAUUCUAUUUAUUCAGUUUUUGGAUCCUCCUGGAAUGGAAGUGUUGGAAGAUUUGUGUACAUUCAGUUGUUCGGACACACCAAAUCCUUUUCCCACCUCGGAAAGUUUUGACUAUUCUUUUCCUCUUUAAACUACGAUAUUUUUUGCCAGACAACACGAUCCACGAUUCUGCCAAGUUGAGAAGGAGGAGGAAAAGAGUGGGUGGGAGGAUUGGGAAGAACUGGACCAUUUUCAACCCCCUUCCCCCCCAGAGACUGUUGCUAGGCAAUUUAGGGUAGUGGUACUUAAUUAUGUGGCUGAACGGAGAAGGUGAAUGUUGAACACGUUCAAGGGGAAUUUGAAUUACCUCAUCGGACAAUGUGAGAGCUCAAGAAGUGAGGCUGCAACCUCUUCUAGGGUUUUGUUUUGUUUUCAUAAUUUACUGUAUUUCAUGUGUUUAUGAUAUUUCUAGACAAAAUGUUAGUCGAAGUCACAACAUUGAAGGGAUCUUCUUAAAAUGCAUUCUAGGUUUCACAAAGAAAAAUGUAUUUUGCUUCUGAUUUAGUCGAAUUUAAUCUAGUUAAUUCAGUCCAAUAUCUUAGCAAAGCUCUUGAGACCCUUUCCUAUCUAAAGAGCGUGUUGUCUUGAGUAAGAACACUCAAUAUAUUUAUAUCGGACGGGUUUUGAUUAUGUAAAGUCGUACUCUAAAUCUUGUUUUACAUUACAUUUACUGCAGUAUAUCCAGUGUAUAAACAACAUAUGAUAAGAUAAUAUAUAGGGUUAGCUAAAUUGGCAACUAUUGAUUGGGUGGUUCGUUCUGUUUGCACAGAUUCAAAAAGGAUGCAUAUGUAUAAAUGUGUAACACAGGCGUAAGAAUGGGUAUCAAGAUGUCCCUUUAAAUGUGCCCAUGUUAUAUUUGCUUUGUGUAUUUGUAUUCCAUCGUUUCCAUGACUAUUAAUCUUACUCCACUUAAUGAGCAUUGACCCACAGCGCAGUUAGAAAGCAUGCAGGGAUCUGACCUUGUGUGUGUUAAUGACUUUGAGGACACACUGGCUGUGGCACACUCUCUAGUCUGUCAUGGCAGGACUUGCAUACAAAUUAAUGAAUUGUCUACUGCCACAAAGUGGCUGGUCUGGCUCAACCACAGCAAUACACACAAGCCCUCACCAGACUGACUUCCACGAAUGUUACAGCAGGCAAACUUUAUAUUUUCUAUGCCACUUUGCAUCAAUAACUCUUGAAAACCUAUUUCAGUUAACCUUCAGUGGAGAGGGCGCACGUUUAGGAAAAACCCAAAUAAGGACGUUUGGGUAAAUAAACAGAAUACAAAAACUUCUAUAAACUUCAUGCCAUCAUGUAUAAUUACUCAGUUAAUCAGUACUUUCUUGCAAAAUCUGAUCUUAUCAGAUUUCAUCAUCUCACCUGGCUUUAUGUAUUACCUUAGCUAUUGGGAUAAAGCGGUUGACUGGCCAUCCACGCUAACCCUAACCCUAACCUUAUCCCUAGUAUUAACUAGUAACAGGUGUUUGUUGACCGGCCGGUCAACUGAAAAAUGUGCAGAUUACGGGAGAAGCUCACAUGACUCAAAACAUUUAAUCAGAGACGAAUUUUGGACAAGAUGCCGUGAUUAUAUGCAUUCACUGAGACGGUUAAUUAUUGUCCUGCAUUCAACAUAAAUCCACUUUAAAUUGACCUGACUCUGUAGGUUCUUGCAAAAGAGAAUGGAAGGGAACCGAAAGAUGUGAAGUUGAAUUCAUAAGGACUUAAGAAAAGAUGCUAAGAUGUCACGUACACUAGGCUAGGUAUGCAAGGUUCUACAAGGUUCCGAAGAGAUGGAAAAAUAUAUGUAUAAAGGCUCCCAGUCACAAAAGUGAAACAAAAUGCUUGUGACACUGAGAGUGAUUUCUCGAGCUCACCCUCCUGUCCACUAAGAUUUAUCUCCAUUAAUCCCAAUAAGUGUGAUUGAAUGAAAAUAAUUGUCGGUCAUGUUGAUCGUUUGUUUUAGUGAAUGACUAACGUGAGUGACCGGUGCGUCACUUUAAAUGUUCCAGUCAGAAGGACUUGAGGGACUCCAUUAUCUCUUUCCCUUUCGUAAAGGAUGGCGCAGUGUACCCUAUUCUGAAGGAGAUAAGAAAGGAAGCAUUAAAGCACCUUUCCUUUGCAAUUUGAGAGUUGAACAGCUCUUAUCAUGGAUGCCUCUUAGAUACAUUCAGGUCACUCAGUUAGGAACCCUGAAGCAAAAGCAAGGUUCCCUUAGUCUCAUACUCGGACCGAUGAGUGGAUCCGAAAGCCAAAGUCAUCAACGCAGCAUUCCUACGCUAAAUUGUAGUUCUGCUUUUUUCUUUUAUGAACACAUUUGUCUUAACAAAUUGAACCACAUUCGAACUGAAAGGAGAAGAAGAUCAGUUAAAAGAAAAACAAGCACCUGUGUGAAAAUGCCCACAGCGUGUCAACACUAUACUGCACAUCAACUUAUAAAUAAAACCAUAAAUGCUGACUUCAGUGGCCUCACUUUGGACUGUGAACAGUUAGAAAUGGAAUCUGUUAUUCGCCACAUUCAAACAAUAAUAUGAGCAGCCAAACAAAAAAUGGGAUCCGAGCAAUAAAUCCUAAUUGAGCAUAAGGCUUGCAGUGUGAACGUAGCCUAAACAGCAUAAUGGAAGCAUUACGUAGCCAAGCGGUUACAGCCAAAGAAACCUUCAUAUCAAUAUGGUUCCUAUAAUGUGAAGCAAAGCAAGGUUCUAUUCAAACCAAAUCAUUAUAAUAACAGCGCUGUCCCUUGUAGCCGGACCGCCGGGCUGAGCUUGUGAAGCCGUUGACAGCUCUCCUUUCAUAGAUUUCAAAAAGAUCUUGAAUGUUUAGCGAAUACGGUAACUAAAUCAAUUAAUUUGUCCCUUGAUGCAUUCAUCAACGUGUUUCAGUGUGGGCAAAACUCCUUGAAUGAAUCCCUAUCAAUAGUGAACGAGUAAUGAAUUAGUAUAUGAUACCAUUGAUUAACAGUAGCAUUGGCUGGAGUUUUCAAACCUUCUUCAUUCUCGACCGUAAAUCCGGGGUGUUUAAAAAAGUACAAAACAUCACUGUGGGGUAUUGUGCUGUUCUGUAUUGAUUUUGUGCACUUGACUCUUGAUUUAUUUAUUCUUACUUUGAUCUCUGAGGGAUGAGGCAGAGGCAGUGUUAGCUAAUUAUCAGUUUUAAUUGAGUGUUUUGUCAGCACAGACCUCAGGGUCUCAUUAGUGGUACAACACUGCUGUCUAGCGGGUCAGCCCUCGUGAUACAGGCACCGUGUUGGUUCCUCUCCAAGAGAGUGGUGGACCCAUCCCAUGGCAGGUUAUAGGAGUUCUUUAUUAGUUAUAUUAUUCCCCUAUUUUACAGCUCUAAAAGGCCCUCAGAAAAGAAAUACUAUUUUUUGUAUAAUGUGCAUUGAAGUAUCUAUGUAUGCGUGUGUGUGCUUGUGGGACACGAUGGGGUCAUUGCAUGGCCCAACAUUGGGAGCUUCUAAAACUUUGCUGGUGAUGUUGCUUGGAAAAGCUGGUCAUGCACGCACAGAGAAGGCUUGGGCUAGGAAUGGUAAGAGCUCACAGAAUAGGACCUCCCCCCUGCAGCAUCCCUACUUAGACGUAGGCUGUCCUGCAGAGGUAUCCCCUGAAGGCCAUGUAGUAAAGAAGAGCCCUGCUUUUGCCCUCCUGAUGCAGUCCCCCAGGCAGCAGAGAAGAGGGGAAAGAAUGGAGGCAGGUGGUAACAUGGUACAUGUGUGCAAGCUGUGUUUCUUCCUUGGGAGAAGGAACUGAAAAACAGAGUUUUCCUAGUUACCCUGGUUAACCCUUAGCAUCCUGAUUAGCCAAAGUUUACCCUGAAGAUGCCAGCUAAAAUCUAGCAUUGAGGGUAAUUGGAGCUUAAAACAUGUUUGUUGAUAGAAUAUGGCUAAUGUCAUCCAUCCUUUCCUCCACCCCUCUCAAAUUGCGCUCAUGAAGGCAGAUUCAGGGCCUAGAACACUGUACGUAAAGAAACCUGUGCCACACAACAGAGUUUAGCGCUACAAACCGAUGGAUCCAAAAAUGUAUCUGUCGAGAGAAUGCUGCCGAGAUAACCUAGGAAAGGUGAUUGAGAGGUCUUUCUGACAUAGACAGUGGUUGACGUACGACUCAUGUCAAGAUCCCUAGCCAAUCAAGGCUGGUGUGGUGAGAUACAUGCUUGUGAGGAAUACACAAGGAGGUCCAUCCGAACUGAACAAAUUCUCUGGAAGAGAACCAGUUGUAUUGAAUCCAACCCGACUUUCCGAUCUCUGUUGCAAUAAAGUCGGAUGAUUUAUUUUUUAGUAAGUGGUUAAUGUGAAAAUAUUUAGACAAGAGUAUAAAUCACAUUGAAAAUUCACAUUUUGUAAGAAUCGGUGUAACUAAUAAAGUUUAAACAUUAACGCA